GGCAGUUUUUUUAAGCCAGUUUUUUUUAGUUUUCCUCCAUCUAUUGGGCUGAAUAUUUUGUACAAAUUUUCAAAUAUUUUAGUGUCAUGACACUGGGAAAGGGUGUUGAUGGUAUCGGCUUAUUAGAACUAGGGAACUUCCUUAAUGUUGCAUUUUAGUUAUCUAGAUUGACAAAUUAGAAAGGGUGUUGAUGCUAUAUGAGAGAUGUUUGUUUCUAUAUGAGAGAUGUUUGUUGCUAUAUGAGAGAUGUUUGUACAAUUUGUAACUGUUAAAGUUGUUCAAGUUGUAAUUUGAUGUUAAAUUUGUUUGCUUUUCAUAGGAGAAUGAAGGGCGGGAGGAAGAGGUCUCGAUCUUCUACAGUCGAUGAUGCAGAGGAUCGCCACGAGCGCUUGCAUGCUUCUACGCGGCGCGGCGACCAUCGAGCAGCUAGUCAGGCGGUUGAGGCUUCGGCCCCGUCUCCGUCUCCGUCUGCUACUCCGGCCGGGGCUCCGUCUCCGUGUCCGUCUGCUACAGCUCCGUCAGGUGGUCCAUCUGCUACAGCUCCGUCAGGUACUCAGCCUCAUCCUACUCCGGUCUCUCCGAUGGUUGAGUUACCUCUUGAGGAGACAUCUGGCGAGCAGUCUUCUUCGGAGCCCAGUGGCGAGGAGUCUGCUUCUGAGACUGCUUCUGAGGCCAGUGGUGAGGAGGAGGAGCCUCUUUUUCUCCAGAAGGAGAUUGAUGCUGCUGAUGUUGUGCCAGAUGUGGUGCCAGAGGGCGGCGCGGAUGACGACCUCAUCCAGAGGGUGGCACCGUUUCCCGGGGGGCCUGAGGAUCUUUCGCUUCUUGCGCAUUAUCCUGACCACAAGGCUCCUUGGACGUGGCAGGCACUUCUUCGCACAGACCCGCGGUACGUGGACCGUCGGACAUUGAGGGUGGCCACUGUUGGGGGGAAGGUAUGGAACCUCCCCUGUGAUGGCGAUUCAGAGGCCCACACACAUGUGCGACAGCUGCUGCAGCAGACGGGUUUGUAUCACCUACCUUGGUGCGGGUUACCGGAGACAGACCCAGCUGUCAUACUGGCCCUUGUUGAGAGAUGGCAUGAGGAGACGAGUAGCUUCCACAUGCCGUUCGGGGAGAUGACUAUCACCCUGGACGAUGUGUCGACUAUUCUCCAUCUUCCCACAGGGUCGAGGUUCUACACUUCGGGCAGAGGGGAGCGAGAUGAGGUUGCAGCGCUCUGCGCCCAGCUCCUGGGAGGAUCUGUUGCUGAUUAUCUGGCUGAGUUUGAGGCGGCGGGUGGCCAGAACAUUCAGUUCAUUACUCUGAAGACCAUGUACACGUCUGCUAUGGAUGGGGGACGCUAUGAGGAUGCUGCUAGGAUCUGGCUGGUGAACCAGCUUGGUGCCACCCUCUUUGCCAGCAAGAGUGGUGGUUACCACACUACUGUCUACUGGAUUGGGAUGCUUGAGGACCUCGGUCGCGUGUCGGAGUACGCGUGGGGUGCGAUUGCGCUGGCUUCGUUGUACGAACAGCUGAGUCGUGCUUCCCGCAGGAAGACAGCGCAGAUCGGUGGGUUCACCUCCCUCGUGCUGUCAUGGGCGUAUGAGUACAUAUCCAGCAGCGUCAUUAUCAGGACGGAGGUCCCCGGCUACACACAGGACCAGCCUAGGGCGCAGCGGUGGUCCACGUCUCGGAUCGCGCAUUCCGGACUCGAUGAGAGACGAGUCAUGCUCGAUGAGCUUACAGUGGAUGAUAUCACAUGGACCCCUUUUGAGGACCAUCGAGAUGUUCGACCGCGGGAUCCCAGGGCCCUCUAUUCCGGCUACAUCAGGACACCUUACGGCCGGUCUGUGAGCCGACAUCUACCAGAGCGGGUUAUGCGCCAGUUUGGCUUCAUACAGGACAUCCCUCGACACCCCUCUGAGAUCCAGACGACGGGGUCCCUUGCUGAGACCACAGAUGCUGCCUAUUCUGCCAUACGUAGGGGUGUGAAGUUGUUGGAGCAGUCCCUGGAGGUGCCAGACCUUUUGGAGAACAAGAACAGAUCCAACAGUUAUGUCAUUCGCAAAUUCACUGUGAGUAAAGGCCUUGCGAUGGAUGCUAGCAUCAACAGCACCCGUGGGGUCCUAAAUGUUUGA